AUGCACAGAGUCUCUUCGAAGAAAUCGUAUGUUCUCUGCAACAAGUACUAUGCUUGCUUGUCAUCUGGAAACCCAAAGAUUCUCAAGAAAAAGUCAAGUUUCUCGCUCCACUUCAUUGAAUCAUCGAAACCUCAACUAUUUUCCACCUAUUCUCAUCUGGGUUCACCCGAGAUCCCGUCAAAGCCAAUCCCAGUUCGUGAACUCAACAAAAACAUUUCUCAAAAUGGCACACUCACUGAGCCAAGAAAGGGGCUUGGCCUCAUCUACCUCAACAAUGAGCCAGAAGUCUCUACAGAGAGCGAAUCACAUGAUGAAUUUUCUUCUGAUGUUGAAAAGGUGUACAAAAUCUUGAGAAAAUUCCAUUCUAGAGUCCCAAAAUUGGAACUUGCUCUACAGGAAUCUGGUGUGGUGGUAAGGUCUGGCUUAACUGAACGUGUGCUCAAUCGCUGUGGAGAUGCAGGGAAUUUAGGAUACAGAUUCUUUGUGUGGGCAUCAAAGCAGCCUGGUUGUAGGCAUAGUUAUGAUGUAUACAAAGCCAUGAUCAAGAUUUUGGGGAAAAUGAGGCAAUUUGGAGCUGUUUGGGCCCUCAUCGAGGAAAUGAGGAAGGAAAAUCCUCAGAUUUUAUCGCCUGAGGUUUUUGUUGUUUUAAUGAGAAGGUUUGCGUCAGCGAGAAUGGUUAAAAAGGCAAUUGAAGUGUUGGAUGAGAUGCCCAAGUAUGGUUGUGAGCCUGACGAGUAUGUUUUUGGGUGCUUGUUGGAUGCUCUGUGUAAGAAUGGUAGUGUAAAGGAAGCUGCUUUGUUGUUUGAAGAUAUGAGGAUAAGGUUUAGGCCCACGAUUAAGCAUUUUACUUCAUUGUUAUAUGGUUGGUGCAGGGAAGGGAAACUAAUGGAGGCGAAAUUUGUGUUGGUGAAAAUGAGAGAAGCAGGUUUUGAGCCUGAUAUUGUGGUUUAUAAUAAUUUGCUUAAUGGGUACGCAGUGGCGGGGAAAAUGGUGGAUGCAUUUGACGUUUUGCAAGAGAUGAGGAGAAAUGGUUGUGAACCUAAUGCAACAUCCUUUACAAUUGUUAUUCAGGCACUUUGUGCUCGAGAGAAAAUGGAGGAGGCAAUGAGGGUAUUCAUGGAUAUGCAGAAGAGUGGCUGUGAAGCUGAUGUAGUGACUUACACUACCUUGAUAAGUGGAUUUUGUAAGUGGGGUAAGAUUGAUAAAGGUUAUGAGCUUGUAGAUAGCAUGAUACAGAAAGGGCAUACUCCAAACCAGACCACUUACUUGCAUAUCCUGUUGGCUCAUGAAAAGAAGGAGGAGUUGGAGGAGUGUACGGAACUUUUGAAUGAAAUGCAAAAAAUUGGCAUAAUGCCUGAUCUGAGCAUUUACAAUACUAUAAUUCGUUUGGCCUUCAAAUUGGGGGAAACUAAAGAAGGUAUGAGAGUUUUCAGUGAAAUUGAAGCAAAUGGCAUGAGUCCAGGUGUUGACAGCUUUGUCAUUAUGAUUAACGGGCUUGUUGAGCAAGGAUGUUUAGUCGAAGCUUGUGAUCACUUCAAAGAAAUGGUCGGGAGAGGCCUUCUGGCUCAUCCACAGUAUGGUACACUGAAAGACUUGUUGAAUUCUCUGUUAAGAGUAGAUAAGCUUGAAAUGGCUAAAGAUGUCUGGAGUUGCAUUAUGACGAAAGGGUGUGAGCUUAACGUGUAUGCAUGGACAAUUUGGAUUCAUGCUCUCUUCUCAAAUGGGCAUGUGAAGGAAGCUUGUUUUUACUGUCUGGAUAUGAUGGAUUCUGGCGUGAUGCCUCAGCCAGACACCUUUGCCAAGCUCAUGCGUGGUCUAAGAAAGCUGUAUAAUAGACAAAUUGCUGCAGAGAUCACAGAGAAAGUGAGGAAAAUGGCUGCAGAAAGACAGAUGACAUUCAAGAUGUACAAGAGACGUGGUGAAAGAGAUUUGAAAGAGAAAACUAAGGCAAAGAAGGAUGGGAGGAAGAGGAGAGCUCGCCGUCGCCAAUGGGGAAAGGGUCGUACAAAGGAUAAUAUCUUGUGA